AUGGGCGCCUACAGGUUCGCGUCGGAGCUAUGGAAGAGGAAACAGCCGGACCUGACGAGGCUCGUGCAGCGGCCGGCGACCGUGCGCCGUCUCGGCACCGGGGCCAAGCAGCUUCACAAGCCUAUUGAGGAGACCAAGGAAGGUAUAUACCCAAGUAGGAUGCACUCCCAGAACCUGCCUGCCAAGAUACGCAUAGCGAUGAAAUCUUUCAAUAACCAAAAUCACAAUCUGAAGGGGCUUGAGCCUUACACGCACAAGAUUGGGUUGCCUGAAUCACGAGCCUUAUACACCGUGUUACGAUCACCUCAUAUUGAUAAGAAAUCCAGGGAGCAAUUCUCAACGCACGUGAAGAAAUUAUUUGUGGUUAAAAAGGCAGAGACACAUGAGCUGGCUAAGAAGUUCUUUUGGUUAAAACGGCUUCGUGUACUGGGGGCUCAAUAUGAAGUCAAUAUUAGUUUCAAGACGCGCUUGGAUAAAAUGAUUGGCUGCAGCAAAGGUGGUGGCCUGCUUAGACUGUAG